AUGGACACACCAAAGUAAGAGGACACAGAAGAACCUUAAACCUGCAUAAAUGCCGAUUUCAGUCCAAAAGAAAGGAGGUUUACAGACCAGUGUUUGAAGCUCUGGUGGUUUUGUCUCCCUUCUUUAUGAGGCCCAGAGAUUGUGUGGUUACACAGAGGUCAGGCCGUGUUUUCAAACUAUGUUGGUGCUUCUUAUUUUUGUUCCCGUGUUGCUCUUUCCACCCAGGUCCCCCGAUGGGAUACGAGAGUCACUAUACUGCGGAAACCCUCAACCCAGGCCAGUCCAGUUUCACACGGUCUUAUAUAACGGACAUGGAAGGAUGGACAACAAGAUACCAGGAGCUACAAGGUCAAAGGUGAGUAUAAAUACAUUUCCAUGUUUGUCUUUCGUGGGUUUGGGGUCAUCUCAGGGUCUGUCUGCACACUUCAGGACACGCAGGGCACGGUGGACGGACGCCUGGCUGUUGGGACAAACCGUGCACGGGGAGAAUGGCAGGAAACAGACGAGGAAUUCAGAUGUGGGAGUGGCGAUGGAUGGUUAGGUCAACAGGAUGAUGAGGGAGGAGAGGAGCCCAUUAGGCCGAAUGGAGAGGCAUCGGUGGUGUCAUCGCACAAAGAGGGAGGAUUUUUCAUCAUUUCCUCCGCUCCGUUGGUCAAAUCAUUACUGAUGUCCCUCCAAGCAGAGUGA